AUGGCGGCAAUGAUGCCGAGCGCUUCGACGUCUAAUGCGGUCUACGACAACGACGCGGUGGAGCGGGACCUGAUUGACCCUGAUGAUGCGACUCUCGACGACCUCGACGACCCACUGCAGGGAACUUCGGACCGCGCUCCGCUCACGGGAAGAAUUGCGCCCGGCGGUGCCAACGCGCAGUCGUACUUGACAUCGAGCAUCCCUGGCGAGGACCGCCGUGCACCCACCAACACCAUCGACGAGACGGUAUGGGAGACGCUGUCGCGCGACCUGCUUGCCAUCUGGGAGAAGCUGAAGCAGGUGCUGUACCCCAAGUACCUGCUUGGCGGCAUCAUGCAGCAGGGCGGGGGCAUAGCAGCCGCUGAGCGCGGUGAAGCAGAGGGCUUCGGUGGGGGCAUUAGGAACCUGGCAGGCCGAUGGCCAGAUGCAGAUGUUCUCCUGCAGGCCGGUAUGAGCGAGGGCCUGCGGGACUGGGACCUGUGGGGUCCCCUCAUCUUCUGUUUGCUGCUCAGUUUGUUCCUCUCGCGGGGAGCAAAGGACUCGCAGAGGGAUCUCGUCUUCUCCGGCAUCUUCGCCAUGGUGUGGAUCGGCGAAGCUGUCGUGACGCUGCAGAUCAAACUUCUGGGAGGAAACAUUGCCUUCUUCCAGUCCGUCUCGAUCAUCGGCUACACGCUCUUCCCACUCGUCAUCGCGUCCCUCCUCAGUGCAGUCGGCAUACCGAUGAUAGUCAGAAUACCAGUGUAUCUUGUGCUUAUUGCAUGGUCAUUAGCAGCAGGAGUCAGCAUCAUGGGCGGCUCUGGAGUAGUCAGGAACCGUGUUGGCAUCGCAGUAUACCCUCUGUUUGUUUUCUACAUUGCGCUGGGCUGCAUUUGCUUCAUCAGCUGA